AUGGAGGUGGAUGAUGUGGAGUGCAGCAAGUCGGCCAUCAACCAAUGGUCCGUCGUCAAGCCGUUUGGCGGCUGCCAGCCGCCGAAGCAGCGAUCGCUGCACGCGAGCAUCGUCGUGGGCGAUUGCCUCUACAUCUUUGGAGGGUACGAUGGUAGCAGCAGGGUGAACGACUUCUACAAGUUCAGCUUCAAGGCUUCGAAGUGGUCGCAGAUUCACCCCGCAGGGAGUAGCCCGACGGCACGUGACCGGCACGUUGUUGUGUCUUAUGCCGACAAAAUCUACAUCUUCGCUGGCUACGACGGCAACAACCGUGUAAACGACUUCUGGCAGUAUGAUACCGAGCACGAGGUGUGGAGCACGGUGGACCCGGCCCUGGGAAACCCACCGACUCCACGCCACAGCCACUCCGGUGUGGAAUACGAUGGCUCCAUGUACAUUUUCGCGGGUUACGAUGGGAACUACAGGAGCGAUUUUCACCGCUACAACUUCCCGCAGCGGAAGUGGUCCAUAGUGCCUGUCAAGGGAUCCGUGCCCAAGGCACGCUACAGGACAUCGGCCGUGGCGUACAAGAACCGUAUGCUCGUGGUCGGUGGGCAUGAUGGUGCCAAGCACUUGAACGAUUUCUAUCAGUUCAACUUCGACACACUGGAGUGGAGCAUGGUGGAAACCACAGGGCAGGUGCCUCCACCGUCGCCGCGAGACUCCCAUUCGGCAGUCAUUUGCGGCGACUCCAUGUACCUCUUCGGAGGUAGCACUGGCAGCGCGCGGAACGAUUUGUACGCCUUCAGUUUCGAGACAGACCAGUGGACAGAGGUGCGGACGACGCCUGGUGCCACCCAGAAGAGCAAUGUCCCCUGCCCUAGAUUCUGCCACACCUGUGACGUGUACAACAAUUCGCUUUACGUCUUCGGUGGCUACGACGGCCAGCAGCGGCUCAACGAUUUCUGGCAGUUCAAGCUUGCCACAGAAGUCAAUAUUGACAUUCCCAGCAGCUCCCUAGUUUCUGACCUGCGCGAGUUCCUCAACGAUGCGAAGCUGUCUGAUGUCACUUUCAUCGUGGAGGGAAAGCCAGUGUAUGCACACAAGCUGCUCUGCAUGCGAUGUUCGUACUUCCGGGCCAUGUUCGAGGGGCAGAUGCGUGAGGCACAGCAGAAGACCAUCACCAUCAACAAUGUCUCGCAUCGGGUGUUCCUUGCCUUGCUGGAGUAUUUGUACACAGAUGAAUUCGAAAUUUCCAUGGACAUCGCGAUGGACCUCUUCGUGGCGGCGGACCAGUUUGGUAUUGAUCGGCUGAAGAGGUUGUGCGAGAAGAAAAUUCUCGUUUCAAUCAACAUCGAUAGCGCGGCUACGAUCCUCCAGGCGCUUUUGCUGCUUUGUUGCCUUCCUGAGAACCUGGGAGGGCUGAACCAAGAGCUCUGGUUUGAGGUUUGA